CGCGACAGCUGUUCGGCUGGUUUUUCUGAACUUUCCACACAGAGGCGGAACUAAAGUCCAACAGAAGAUGUCAGCUGGCAAAGCGCAAAUUGGCAAACCUGCCCCUGACUUCACAGCCAAGGCAGUGAUGCCUGAUGGCCAGUUUAAGGAUCUGAAAUUGUCAGAUUAUCGAGGGAAGUACAUAGUUUUCUUCUUCUACCCUCUGGAUUUCACCUUCGUGUGUCCCACUGAGAUCAUCGCCUUCAGCGACGCAGCAGAGGAGUUCAAAAAGAUCAACUGCGAAGUCAUUGGUGCGUCUGUGGACUCCCACUUCUGCCAUCUGGCCUGGAUAAACACCCCCAGGAAGCAAGGUGGCCUGGGACAUAUGAAAGUCCCGCUGGUGGCAGACACCAAACGAUCCAUCUCUCAAGACUAUGGUGUACUGAAGGAGGACGAAGGCAUUGCUUACAGAGGCCUCUUCAUCAUUGAUGAUAAAGGCAUCCUGAGGCAGAUAACCAUUAAUGACCUGCCGGUUGGUCGCUCGAUCGAUGAGACCCUGCGUCUGGUGCAGGCCUUUCAGUUCACUGACAAACACGGGGAAGUUUGCCCAGCCGGAUGGAAGCCUGGAAAGGACACGAUCAAACCUGAUGUCCAGAAGAGCAAAGAAUUCUUCUCCCAACAACACUAAACAAGACUCGGCAGUGUAGUUGAACAGGCCACACACUGGCACUUGCAUCAAACCGUAGUAAUAACAGUUCUGUUAAGCCUAAAAUAAGUGUGUAGGAUUGUAAUUGUUGUUUGUGUGACUUAUGAAAAGUAUCUUCCUGUAGAAGACUACUGUUUUGUAUAUUUGCACCAUGUUUUCUUUGAGAUAAAGGAAUAUGAGAGCAGG